AUGCGGAAACCAGGCCCUCAGAAAGCCAUAGAUUGGAAAGAUGGUAAAAAGCACAAGUACAGCCGCCCGGCAGAGUCCCCCUCCCAGUACCAAGGUCACUUCACCUGGGAGAAAUACCUGAAAGAGACAUGUGCCAUCCCAGCUCCUGCCCAUUGCUUCAAGCAGUCAUACACUCCCCCCACCAAUGAGUUCAAGAUCAGCAUGAAGCUGGAGGCUCAGGACCCACGGAACACCACGUCCACGUGCAUUGCCACCGUGGUGGGGCUGACGGGCGCGCGCCUGCGCCUGCGCCUCGACGGCAGCGACAACAAGAACGACUUCUGGAGGCUGGUGGACUCUGCUGAGCUCCAGCCCAUUGGCAACUGUGAGAAGAAUGGGGGGAUGCUGCAGCCUCCCCUGGGCUUUCGGCUGAAUGCCUCCUCCUGGCCCAUGUUCCUCCUGAAGACUCUGAAUGGAGCAGAGAUGGCUCCUGUCCGGAUUUUCCACAAGGAACCACCAUCUCCAUCCCAAAACUUCUUCAAGACAGGUAUGAAGCUGGAGGCAGUGGACAGGAAGAACCCUCACUUCAUCUGCCCGGCCACCAUUGGGGAGGUGAGAGGUUCUGAGGUCCUCAUAACAUUUGAUGGCUGGAGAGGUGCCUUCGAUUACUGGUGCCGAUAUGAUUCCCGGGACAUCUUUCCCGUAGGCUGGUGCUCGCUGACUGGAGAUAAUCUGCAGCCCCCUGGUACUAAAG